CGGGGAGGCCGGAGGGACAAAACGCGUUCGCGGAGCGGAUUGGUUGUCGUUACGGCAACAUGGCGGCGCCCGCGGUGCCGCGCUGAGCCCGGCAGGACGGUGGCGGUCGGUGGUUGCUUGUUCUCUCGCCGCGAUGUUGAGCGGUUGCCGCCGGUUGCUGUGGGGCCGCUUCCCGACCGCCCGGUUCCCCCGACCGCCUCCUGCCGCUGCCGGGAGCGGCCCGGUGGGGCCGGGCGGGGGUCGGGGCUACGCCCCACCGGCAGAGAGGAAGCGGUUUUACCAGAACGUGAGCAUCUCACAAGGAGAAGGAGGCUUUGAAAUAAACCUGGACCACCGAAAGCUGAAAACGCCCCAGGGCAAGCUCUUCACUGUCCCCAGUGAGGCCUUGGCCAUUGCAGUGGCAACAGAGUGGGACUCCCAGAAAGACACCAUCAAGUUCUACACUAUGCACCUGACCACACUGUGCAACACGGCGCUGGACAAUCCCACACAGCGAAACAAAAUGCAGCUGAUCCGUGCGGCUGUGAAGUUCCUGGAGACUGACACUGUCUGCUAUCGUGUGGAGGAGCCAGCCGCCUUGGCGGAGCUGCAGAGGAAUGAAUGGGAUCCCGUUGUCGCCUGGGCUGAGAAAAGGUACAACGUGGCAAUUGGCUCCUCGACCAGCAUCCUGGGGCCAAACAUUCCAGCCAGCACCAAGGAGACCUUCGUCAGCCAUCUGGCGUCCUACAACAUGUGGGCCCUGCAAGGUAUAGAAUAUGUAAUCACCCAGCUGAAAUCUCUGAUUCUGUCCAUGGGUCUGAUUGACAGGCACAUUACAGUAGAGAAAGCCGUGCUUCUGUCUCGCCUGGAGGAAGAAUACCAGAUUCAGCGGUGGGGCAGUGUGGAGUGGGCCCAUGACUAUGAUCUGUGCGAGCUGCGUGCUCGCACGGCCGCUGGGACUCUCUUUGUUCACCUCUGUUCAGAGAGCUCGACUGUAAAACACAAGCUGUUGCAGGACUGAGGCUGCUGGGCUGGGCGCAGGAGGAGAAUGCCCAGCUGUGAAUUGCUGGCAUGACCCAGUGAGGGCAACCACCCUCCUGCCACCACGUCUUUCCUGGGAUCAGCCUCGUGCUGAGGAGCUGCGACUUUGUGGGCAACUCCUCGCUUGGACUGCCUGCCGCAGUGCAGCGCCAGCAGUUUUGAGCCCACAAGGAGGAAAGGUCGAGGUGAGCUUCCUCUGCAUCCCCAAGACAGCAGCUCUGUCCAUUACCGGUGUCUGUAACUCAUCAGAGGAGCUCUCACGAAAGAAACAGCUUCCUGGGCAGGGCGCGGUACAGACAUACCCAGCAUAUGCCACAUGUCUUCAUAGCUGCCAGCUCCUGACACACACUUGUUAUGGAAAUCUGAAAACAGACUCCAUUGCAUCUGUUCUUCAUCCCUCAGUGUGCCUGUAUGUAACACCAGGGUCUCUCUGUUUGAUUAAAGGCACGCCCCUGCUAGAUACUGAAA